GAUGUUGCUGGGGAAUCAGUUGAGUCCGGAGUAAUUUCACUUAUCGAAAAACCAGGAUAUACUGCUCUGCCACAAUAUUAUCUAAGAGCUGGUUCUGACCUUUUGGAUAUUAUCCAGGCUAGAACACCUAGGUUUAAAAUUUCUUCGCAGAAACUUUUUAGCAUUCUCGAUGAAGGAAGUGAAAAGACUUUCCUGUGUAACGAGGCUGCACAACUGCAAAAAUACAUAUUUGACGGGGAAAUUGGAAAAAAUGUACUGGAGGCAAAAAAUGUCGUUGCUAGCGCAAGCUUUCUUCUGGAACAGCGAUUGAUCAAAGCAUGGCUUGCUGACAAAGAUGCGGAAGCCCUGAGGUGCCAAAAUUUACUGGUUGAAGAGGAAGAAGCUGCUCAAAGAAGACAAGCCGAGCUCUUGGAGAGAAAGAAGAGGAAGAAGCUGAGACAGAAAGAACAAAGAGUAAAGGACCAGAAAAAAGAUGUUAAAGAAGACGAAAGUACCACAUCAGAAGAACAACAUUCCCCAGCUGAGUCAUCAAGCCCGUUAUAUGUAGCUUCAGAUUCCGAGGCGCAGAGAUCAGAUUCCAUACCGAUUGAGGAUUCUUCAUCCCUCGAGGAACCUCAAGUUUUGGAAAUGGACAAUGGGAGAAACGCUGAAACUCAAGCGCCAAUGGUUGAUGAUGAUGGUUUUGGUAAUGGCCAAAACAUGGAAAGGCCGCGAAGUGGGCGAAGGCAAAUGGAGAAAAGAUCACAGCAUGGAAUGCCGAAUGGGUUCCACGGUAAUCAUGCGCCAAAACUUGGAGGCAUCCGAAAGAAUGGAACUAACAGAGACGUAAGAGGCAAUGCUACUAAAGUUUGGAGCCGAAAAGCCAAUAACCCCAAAACGAUAUUACCAGAUGCGGCAGUGAAUGAACAGGAUCAAGCAAAGAACAGUGAAGUUCUGAUUGGAUCGGUAAGUGUAACAAUCCGAAGCACCGGAGAACAUAACCAAACAAAAUGCAGUGAAGAGGAGCGAAGAAAGAAGACUGUUGAGGCGAAACCGUCAUCAGAGCAAUCAACUGUAAAAGUAUGGAGGCCAGUGAGCAGUCAGGAAAGGAUCGAUGAAAACACAGACAACAAGGAUAAGAACUCAAGCUCAACUGUACCUGAAGUUAAAACCGGUCAUCACAUAAGCUUGCACGAAGCGAAGGCGUUUCUUGCAAAGAGAUGGAAAGAGGCAACCACCGAAGAACACGUGACGUUAGUUCUGUCUCGGGAAACAGACAUGUCAGGUAACAACAACAGUCACGAAUCCUCAAAUGGUGUUAUAAACACUGCAAGACCAAAGCGCAGGAAGAAACCCGAACAGGGCACGAAGGUAAAGUAUGUUCCAAAACAGAGGAUUCCUUAAAAAUGAGCUUGAUUUUGGACCAGAGUAUCAUUUUUUAGGUAUACCAAAAGUGCAGUAUUAGCGAGAGAGACAUCGUUUUUUUGGGUGCUUUUAGAGAGAUUUUUCUUGAUUUUAUGUGUCAUCAUUCUUUUUCUUUUUCUUCUUCUUUUUCUAGAUAGAAAGACAUAGAUUUGUUAUCUUGUUGACCUUUCUCCAUUGCGAGGGUUUUUGAAAAUUUGAUAUGAAAUUGAUAUUUAGCCAAA